CGUUGAGUACACCAACGAGAGAAAAAUAGCUUUUUCCAUUGUGAAAUCUUGGAUGUCAUAUGGGGUCAAUUUAAUGUCCGUGUGAUGGAAUUCACGCUUAAGGACUUCAUCAAUCCAAAUCCGACACAGGUACACCGCGCUGAUUUCCAUCCGUUCACGGUAAGGUCAUUCAAGGCUAAUAGUUGCACCUCCUCAUGACUCGCGCGUAAACCAACUUCGUUGAGUCCCAUCUGUCUUCGGCUUACUGGUAUGCCCUAUGUGCGUUCAGAUCUGCAUCAAUGCCAACAAAAACAAAACCAAUGGGUCAGGUUUUUGUACAGCUAAUCAAACAUGCAAACGAGCGCUAACUUAAAAAGGCCUAUUUUACUCUCUUAGAAAAGCCCAUUUACUAUUCCGUUGGGCUAAGCCUACCUGAAUAAGGCCCGUUGUUUUCUGCUAAUUUUGGUUUCAUCGUCUUCAGAUUCUGCAGUGUCACUGAAAAACCAUGGAAUUUUCCCAGAUUAUACGUUACUAACCAAAUUCAUUAUCAUGUAAAUCAAAUUCAGUUUCUUCUACGCCAAUCACGCUCGCAAAGCUCUAGAUUGUAUCUCGGAAUAAUUCAGCGCCAUCACUUUUCACAGUCUCAAAUUAAUUCCCAUAGCUGCCAUCUUCCUCCGUCGCAGAACCUCCUCUUCACUUGGAAAUUCGCCGACCUUUUGCGCGGAUUGGCGAGGCAAUGGGAAUAGUAUUUACGCGGCUAUUUUCGUCGCUGUUUGGCAACAAGGAAGCUCGGAUCCUGGUUCUCGGUCUUGACAAUGCCGGAAAAACCACCAUCCUUUAUCGGCUCCAGAUGGGUGAAGUAGUAUCUACAAUUCCGACAAUUGGGUUCAAUGUGGAAACGGUGCAGUAUAACAACAUAAAGUUUCAAGUGUGGGAUCUUGGUGGCCAGACAAGUAUCAGGCCAUACUGGAGAUGCUACUUUCCCAACACUCAAGCUAUUAUAUAUGUUGUUGAUUCAAGUGAUACAGAUAGGCUGGUGAUUGCCAAAGAAGAAUUUCAUGCAAUACUAGAGGAGGAGGAGCUUAAAGGUGCUGUCGUCCUCUUAUUUGCAAAUAAACAGGAUCUUCCUGGGGCACUUGAUGAUGCUGCAAUUACUGAAGCCUUGGAACUGCACAAGAUUAAGAACCGGCAAUGGUCUAUUUUCAAAACUUCUGCUAUAAAAGGAGAAGGCCUUUUUGAGGGCUUGGACUGGUUGAGUAAUACACUUAAAUCUGGAGGUGGCUAAGUCUCUGAUCGAGAACAUGAUACCAUUCUUAUCCAUCCUGAGCAAGAAAUAUACGAUAGUCACUGGCGUGAUUUGUGUAGAGAUUCGAUUAAGUCAGCAUCUGCGGACAGAGCUAUGUGUUGGUUUUUGAUGAAAUAUGAAUAUCUAGCACGUUUUUCAAUUCUUCUGCUCAUUCUCUAUCUUAUACUUUCACAGUAAAUGACUCCAAGCUUACAGAUUUUAGGCAUAUAUCCUCCUUUCUGGUUUAUUUCCAAAGUUUCACAGGAUUAGUAAUUGAUCAUGAUUACUGGAACCUUAUCUAAUAUUUUAAGAGUGUUCAACAUUCUCUAUAAA